AAAAGUAUGCUUCUGCCCUUCCUGGACAAUCUUUUGAGGAUGGAUUUUCCGCUGCGGAAUGCGGACCACCCUCAAGAGACCUCGCCCUAAUGCCCUAGCUCCUUUCUGUUAUCGCGAUUCUUGCCCUUCCUCGCAAAUUCUUCUCGCGGUCGACGCCCUCGCUAAGACUCCUCGGCUUACCCUCCCUGGCCCUUCUUCUCGCGGCCGCCGCCCUCGCUCGCCGAAGACUCGUCGGCGCGGUCUCCCUCGCCCUUCUUCUCGCAGCCGCCGCCCUCGCUAGCAGAAGACUCGUCGGCGACCCCUCCCUCGCCCUUCUUCUCGCGGCCGCCGCCCUCGCUCGCAGAAGACUCCUCGGCGCGCCCUCCCUCGCCCUGACAAGGCUCUCACAGGCUGCGUCCCUCGGGGAGACGGAGCUAGGGUUCCCGUCCUCCUCUUGCCGCAGCCGUCCUAGUGUCCCUGUAACGAAGCUCCCGGCGUAUCUAGGGUUUCAGGCGCCUUCCUCACUCGUCUCCCCAACGAAUCUAGGGUUUCCCUCGACGCGACGAACUUCAUUGCAGGACUUCCUUUCACCUAACAGAUAAAUGGAGUGCGUUGUGCAAGGAAUCAUUGAGACUCAGCAUGUCGAAGCUCUCCAGAUUCUCCUCCAAGGCCUGUGUGGUGUUCCAAAGGAUCGAGUCAGGGUGCAUGAAUUCUGCUUGAAGAGUGGGCCGAACCUUGGAGUUGUGCCCUCGGAGGUUCGGCUCUUGUGCGAUUUAGCUCAGCCCACGCCAACCUGGACGGUUCGACACGCUGGGGGUGCCAUGAGAGGUGCUGGUGCCGAACAACUCUCAGUGCUAGUCCGAAGUGUAGUGGAAAGCAAAGUAAGCAACAACGCACUGCGCUUCUUCUAUGCCGUCGGCUACAAGUUGGACCAUGAGCUUCUCAAGAUAGGCUUCGCCUUCCGUUUCCAAAGAGUUGUGCCCAUUACUGUCACUGUGACAUCUGCUAACAGAAUGCCGAGACUUCAUGCUAUAGACGAUGCCGUGCCUCUGACUCCCGGGAUUCAACUGGUUGAAAUCACAGCACCAGCUGCUGGGGACAACUACAACGAAGUUGCCGCCGCUGUUUCUUCAUUUUGUGAAUACCUGGUUCCGCUUCUGCACCUUUCUAAACCUGGUGUUUCAACUGGCAUAGUUCCAACUGCUGCUGCAGCUGCAUCUUCUCUUUUGUCAAACAGUGGUGGUAAGGCCAUUUAGUGGUGGAACACGAACAUUUGUGUUGGAGAAUUAACAAACUCGAUUGGUAAACACAUCGAUGUCGGGUGGAUCUUGACCCAAACUAUGAAAACAGAUUAAUUGUUGAUGGUUAAAGGCUGAUAAUGGAAGCAUGAGAAAAUGUGUUUCAAAUGCAAAUGGAUUAUCAAUAAAUUGCUAAGCAAUCAAAGGAAGAAUUGGAAGAUACGGCUUAUAA